UGGGACACCACAAACAAACCCACUGACCCUUAUGCUGUCCUGACUCUGACAUUUCACAUUCUAGGUCGGCUGGGAGAGGAGCCAAAGCCAGGGACACUGCACUGACUGGAACUGACUCUGCCACGACUGCGUAGAGCCAUUUCUUGCAGCUGGCUUCGAGUUGAUCAGAGUCCAGCACCCACCGCUGCCUCACUGAGAGGAGAAAUGCGGAAGGGAGCAGAAGCAGAUCCUCCUGGACAGCUUCUUAACAGUUCUAUAGACUCGAAGGGUUCAGGAGAACGAGAUCAUCCAGCUAAUUCCAGCUCCAGGAAACCUGCAGUAUGGGAUCGUCCAGCUGCCCUCAGAGCCAUAAUCGUGGUUACAAUGGUCGUCAUCAUCGCUCUAGUAGCAGCUUUGAUAGUGGUAACAUCUAGGCCAUCUCCUCCAUGGCCCCCUGCUGCCUCCUGCUGCCCGGACGGCUGGAUCCGGAUCCAAGGGAAAUGUUACUAUUUUUCUAAGGCUGAGGAGAACUGGACCUACAGCCAGAACUUCUGCUCUUCACACGGUGCCUCCCUGGCCGAGAUUGAGAGUCCGCAGGAGCUGGGUUCCCUGCUGCCAUACAAAGGCAGACUGGACCACUGGAUCGGCCUCCGGAAGGACACGGGCCAGGUCUGGAAAUGGGCCGACGGGACCGAGUUUGACCAUUGGUUUCAAAUACACGGAGGCGCAGACUGUGCGCAGCUGGACGAAGAUUUCACUGUUGUCACAUCAAGCUGCAGCACACCAAGAAAAUGGAUCUGCAGUAAACCUGAUACCCCUGGGAAGGGAGAGGAGGGAGCAGUGGGAGGGGAUUCGUGAACUCAAGGGGAAUUAGAGACCAGCUGUGACAAAGACUUGUUCUAGUCCCCUCCAUGGUCCCUCCAUGCUGCAGCCUGGUUCCUUGUUUCUUAGGGCAGGUCCAUACUCACCGCGCGGGUCGACACG